AUGUCUAGUUCUCGACACGCUAUACCCGCUCAAUUCCCGUCUCGGCUCAGCCCUCUGGAGCCGAACCCACACCGAGACCUCAUCGUCAUUCGUCAAUCCCCGCUACCGGUUCCGAUUGAUUUCUCUUACCUCUCAUCAUCAUGGACCCGACUCCUCGGAAACUUCACGACAAACGUCGUCGGCAACAGCGAAAGGCAUGUGAUUUAUGUCGACGCCGCAAAGUCCGCUGCGACAUCGUUGAUAAACCGACAGGCCCUUGUUCAGUAUGCGAAAAGUCGGGGUUGGAAUGUCGAAAGAGAAAGUCAAGAUCCGGAUCCGGAACCCGGAGCCGCGUCGCGGAACACUAACCCCGACACUCAACUCACCGUCAUCGGACCCGAACAACCUCCCAAACCCCAAGAACUGACUCAAUCAGACAACCAAGAGAAACUCGCUCGCGAGGGUCUGGCUCGCUUCUUCAAACAUGGCAUCGGCGCAGCAGCAUGGGCCGUCUUCGCCUCUACCAAAAGCUUCCGCAUCGCCUACGUCGGCACAGCAGUAUCUAACCUCGUGCAUUUAGUCGAUCUGCACAGAUCGUUCAGACAGCCUUACUCCGGGGACAAUGGACCGGAAACACAUAGUUCAUCGGGAAGUGAUAGGACUGGCGGUGGGAGACCAUUGCAUUAUCCUUAUCCGCCUAUUCGACAGGUUAAUUCGUGGAAACCGACGCCUAGUUCUUGGAUGAGUCAGGAGCUUGUUACGGAAGUAUCGUCUUUUCCUGCGCAGGAAGUUAGGGAUGCGCUUGUCACAGCGUAUUUCGAUCAUAUACAUCCUUUUCUACCAAUCGUGUCAAAACCAGAGUUUCUUGCUCGGUACAGGACUCCUGAUAAUCCGCCUCCACUGCUUCUUUUCCAGUCUGUUCUCAUGGCUGGUGCACACGCCUGUCCUCAUCCUCUCGUCGCAAACGAUCGUCAUGCCGUGCAGAAUAUCCUUUUUCGGAGGGCAAGUAUGUUAUAUCAUAUGCGUCAUGAGUCUGAUAGGAUGCAUCUCCUCCAAGCUGCUGCGCUCUUCACGUGGCAUAUUGGCGAUGGAGAUACAGUUGCUGGAGGACCGUGGUACUGGGCUGGUAUAGCUGUGCGUAUCGGUACAGGGUCUGGUGCUCAUCGGAAUAGUGCGCAUUUACCUGCUGCGGAGACGGCGCAGUAUAGGCGAUGUUGGUGGUCUGCUUUCUUUUGCGAGGUUUUCUCCGCCCUGGAAACGGGACGACCGUGUGCUGUACGAGCAGAAGAUAUUGAUCAAUUGCCGCUGCGACAGGAGGAUAUGACGGAUACUGGAACGACCGAUCCCGCAAUGGCCGAAACAUCAGGUGCUACUCCAGACUUCCUCAACCAUCUCGUCGAUCUGGCAUAUAUCGGGCUAGACGUUACAUCUCUCAACGCCCCAGCCAGAGAUAGAAUGAUAGAUAUCUCUUCCAUCGACGCUCGUCUUGGACUCUGGUCUUUGAGAUCCGGCAUUUCCACCGUCGCAGAAGACGACGACUCCUGGACAUGUCAUCUACGAAUGCACUACAAUCUCCUCCUUCUUCAUCUCCACCGCAACCUUCCCUCACCCAGCUCCUCAUCAAUCUGCUCCGCCGCCGCCCAAGCAAUCGUAACAUCCCUUGAAAAGCUCUCCGCACGCGACGAACUCCGUCAAUGCCACUUUACAUCCGUCAGCGCCGUAACAGCAGCCGGCAUUCAGUUCGCCGGUGAAAUCCGGGCAGCUGUAACAUCACAAACCUUCUUGGUAGCUAUCAACGCUUUGGAACGACUAUCACGGCUGUUGAGAUGCACGCUUAUGCUUGCGAGGCAUUGGCCAAACGCUGAGGCCGUGCAUAGUGUUUUUGAGGAACUGCAUCGCGAGUAUGAGACGCUUGUGAGUCAGAGGUUGCAGGGUGAGCAGGUUAUGGUUCCAGAGAGUCCGCCGGAUUGGAAUCGGUUGCUUGGGGCUGAGGGAGUGCAGCAGUUUAAUUUUGCUUCGGAGCAGGAUUGGAUGAACAUUAAUAGCUGGACUGAUUUAUUGUAA